UCUAGUGGGAUCAUUUCAAUUUUUCAGAAACCCAAAUUUUCUAAACAAGACAAAGGAAUGUGUUUUUAAGAUCCUGGCGUCAGAGAUAACUUACCAUAGAGAAACAAAUCAAGGAGUGGUAGCGAGAAGUUGUCACAGCUACUGCGAAGGCGGCGAUACGAAAAAUGGAUUCAGAGCGGGAGCUCUAUGAAGCUUUAAAGGAAAACUUGGAAUCAUCGGGAAGCCUACGCAAAGUGAGAGCCGAAGUAAAAUCAGAAAUAAUGAAAGUUUUCGACACUAAUCCGCAGCCACGGGAUAAACCAGAAUUGCCCGAAAGUCUACUACUUAUUAACAGUUUAAUUCAAGAAUACUUGGAAUGGAAUGGGUACAUGUAUACGUCCCAGAUUUUAGCCGACGAGUCCGGAAUGACAAGCAAGACAUACAGUAGGCAGAGCAUGCAGAAAGAACUACAGGUUUCAGAAGACGAAAAUACUCGAAAACUGCCUCUGUUAUGCAGUUUAGUAUCAACAUUCAAGGAGGCUGCAGGUAAAAUAUCGCAGUGACAUUUUGUGUGCAUGAUUAUUAAAUUAUUAGUAGGUUUGUAUUUUUUAAAGAAGAGAUUGGUGUAGCAACAAUUGUUUAAUAAAUAUGUGUACAUUUCUGUGUGUUUUUACAAAAGCAAUUAAAGUAUACUUUGACAUUUA